AUGCCUUCCCUCCGAGUGCGACUAUUGAUCGUCGUGUGUGCGGUGCUGUUGCUCUCGCAGAGAUGGUGGCUGCCUCUGGGGAACACUUUAUUCAACCUCGUGUCACUUUCCACUCGCUGGAGGCACGCUUCUGCUCAAUCGUGGGUAUCGAAGGAUCGUGAUGAUUUUGACGUGACCUUCGCCUCAUACCCGGUCAAUCAAACAACUGCAGGCUCUUCAUAUCAAGAUCUCGUCCCUCCUAUAUUACACCAUAUUCAUCUAGGACCACACAAACCUCGACCAGAGUGGUUGGGCGCUCGAGAUGAAUGCAUCAAAUAUCACCUGAACUGGACAGCGUACAUCUGGGAUGACAACGCAGCCGAGAAACUGGUGAAGGAGGAGUUCCCUCAUCUCAAUGACAUGUGGAACAAUUAUCGCUAUCCCGUAGAGCGUGUCGACGCCUUGCGAUACAUGGUGCUACAGAAAUACGGAGGUGUCGUUCUGGAUUUCGACCUCGCUUGCAAACGCAGCUUAGGACCCUUGAGGCGCUUCGAAUUUGUCGCUCCCGCCGCUCACCCGACAGGUUUCUCAAUCGGCUUCAUGAUGGCCAGUCAAGGCAAUGAGUUUGUGCGGGACCUUGUCAACAAUCUUGCUCCAUAUAACCAUGUGUGGUUCUAUCUCCCUUAUGUCGCAGUCAUGUUCAGCACUGGCUGUCACUACGCAUCUACCAUCUUCACCCUCCAAGAGAACCGCACCUCCCUUCGAAUACUAGGCGGAAUCCCCGGGUCGCCGCGCCUACACAUGCUCAACGGAUUCGUUGAUACGCCGUUAUUCCGCCAUCUCGGAUCGUCGUCCUGGCACAACUUCGACGCCGCUCUUAUAAAUUGGAUCGGACACCUGCGGAUGGGGUCGGUCCUCGUUUGCAUGUCUUUUGUGGCCUCGCUCAUGUUGACAGUCUAUUAUUGUACGUGUCUGCGACGAAGACGAUACGCUGCGAAACGGAAUAAAAUAAUAGCCGAUAAAUUCGACACGGAGGGUGGUUUAUCUUGCAUCAAGGACGCAUAG